UGUACCUCGGUGCCCACGCUAGCCGCUCAUCACUCCUGCAAACAAGGUGUUUGUGCAUGGUUCAUAAACCUCUUGGCUGGUUUGGAGUCAGGGUUUUUAGCCAACUCUCUUGGGCAAACUUUUACGUUUAACCAAAUUGGUAUUGCCGUUUAUUUCCAUAUACAGCUGUUGCAAAUUCAUGCAAACUGGCGUCAUGGAAGCACCGGUCAACUGUCUGCUAUCACGGUCUUGAUGUUCGCACUGGGCUCAACCGCGCGCAUUUUUACUUCAAUUCAAGAAACGGGAGACAACCUAAUCAUUAUCACAUUCCUUCUGUCCACUUUGUGCAACUACACACUACUUGCUCAAAUCAUAUACUAUUGGAAUUCACCGAUAAAAGCAUCUAAAGAUCAGAGAAAACAAAACUGA